AUGACCCCUUCUCUUCGAUCCCUCAGUGCCGCCCUGGCCCUCGCCGGCACUGCCCAGGCCGCCACCUGGACCCUGAGCGAGACCUAUGACAAGACCAACUUCUUUGACAAGUUCGACUUCUACACCGUCAGCCCCGAUCUCAACCACGGUCACGUCCAGUACAGGAACCGAGCUGAUGCCGCCGCUCUUGGCAUGAUCGGUUUCGACGGCGACGAUGCCUUCAUCCGACCCGAGUCCAAGACCGUCCUCGCGAGCAACGCCAUCGGACGCAGCAGUGUUAGGCUGGAGUCGAAGAACAGGUACGACCACGGCCUCAUCAUUGCUCGAUUCUCCCACGUUCCGGUUCCCACUUGCGGUGCCUGGCCCGCCUUCUGGACUUAUGGAGACCCGUGGCCCACGGUCGGUGAGUUGGAUAUCAUGGAGAACUGGCACGACUACUCCUUCAACAGGGCUGCCCUCCACACCUACCAAUCUUCCGCCAACGGAACCUGCGUUCUUGAUCCCGCCGAUCAGAACGGAGCUGUCCUCACCGACAACUGCGACAACUUCUACCAGAACCCUCCCACGCAGUGGCUCAACCAAGGUUGUACCGUCCAGGACCAGAGCGGCCCCCGCGGCAGCGCCUCGAACGCUGGCAUCUACGCCAUCGAGUGGACCUCGGAGUACCUCAAGAUCUUCUCCUUUACCGGCGGCUCCGUCCCCGCCAACAUUGGCUCCGCGAGCCCCGACACCUCUAGCUGGGGAAAGCCUGCCUUGAUGGCUAGGAACGAUCUUUGCAACAUCGACUCGCACUUUGCUCGCCAGAAGCUCGUCUUCAACAUCAACUUUUGCGGUGAGCCUGCUGGCGAGGACCAGUUCUGGAAGACGGAGUCUCAGUGUAACGUCAAGACAGGCUACGACACUUGCAUUGGCUACGUCAACGCCAAGCCUGGAGACUUCGCGAACUCUGGCUUUAAGAUUAAGGACAUUCGCGUCUUCAAGGAGAGCCCCGUAGUUAGCAGCAGCAGCAGCAGCUCUAGCUCUUCUACCUCUACCUCCAGCUCCAGCUCUAGCUCGACCACUUCUACUUCCACUUCUGCCUCCGCCUCCACUACCUCCGAAUCCUCGUCAAGCUCCAGCCUUGCCUCGGUCAGCGAGACCAGCGCUUCCGAGACUAGUUCCCCUUCGGCUUCGGCUUCCGAGUCUAGCUCGGCCGUGAGCAGCGAGGGUGGCGUUUCCAGCACUAGCACCGCUUCGGACUCUGCCGAGUCUAGCUCUACCGAAGCUGCUUCCAGCGAUAGCCUAACCGCCACCGAUGAGGCCAGCGCUUCCGAGACCGGUGCCUACUCGGAGUCGACUGAGGUUCCUUCUGCUACGGACUCUGUUCCUACUGACGAUACUUCGGCCUCGGCUUCUCCUUCUGCUUCUGACUCUGCUGCUGCCAGCUCCACCAACGAUGCCUCUGACUCGGUCUCCGCCACCGGCAGCGGAAGUGGCCCCGCAACCACUGAAGCCACUCAAACCGACUCUGUCGCCCCCACCUCUAGCUUCGUCACGUCGACCGUCUACACCACCACUGUCUCGACCAUCACCUCCUGCCCCCCCACUGUCACGGACUGCCCCGUCGGCUCCGUCGUCACCCUUACCGUCCCGGCUUACACGACCGUGUGCCCUGCUACUGAGGGGGAGCACCAACCUGCGACUACUCUCCAGACCUCGAGCCGCAGGGGUAGAGGUACCACAGUCACGACGCGCAUCACGACCGUUCGCACGAUUACCUCUUGCGCUCCUACCGUGACGAACUGCCCCGUCGGCGCUGUUACUACUGAGGUUGUUGAUACUACGUAUUAUCAGAGCUAUGGUACUUCUCAGGUGUCUCCUCAACCCUCGACUCCGGCUGGUAACAAUGGUGGUAACAAUGGUGGAAACAACGGUGGCAACAACGGUGGCAACCAUAACGGUAGCGGUGACAACAACAACAACGGCGGCAAUGGCAAUGGCAAUGGCAAUGGCAAUCAAGGCCAAACCCCCGGCAAGAACCCCGGCAACGGAAGCCAGAACCCUGGCAGCAACGGCAACGAGAGCGCCAGCCCCAUCGGCAACACCCCUAGCAACAACGGCACCAGCGGCGGCCAGAUCCCCAACUCGCCCUCGACCAACGGCACCACGACCCCCGGCUGCACCGGCCCCAACUGCAACACGCCCCCGAUCGUCAGCGGUGCCUUCAAGGCUAGCCUCAGCAUUGGUCUUGCUGUCGUCCUCGGUGUCUUUGCUCUCUAA